CACCUGCUCUAUGUUUACAUCAGUUGACAGGACGGCAGGAUGGGGAGUGGAGGUGCCGGCAUUGUCCUCCUUUUUCUGUGCUUCAUCUCUUCCUUAACUUCCAUCGUUGCAUCCCUUUACAAUAGUACAGACGAUGUAGUAAUCCUAGACCAUACCAACUUCACGGCCACGGUUCACGGCACAGAGAACGCCUGGGUGGUGGAAUUCUACAGUUCCUGGUGUGGCCACUGCAUCCAGUUUGCACCCACCUGGAAACUCUUUGGCAGGGACGUGAGAGAUUGGGAGCAUACCAUAAAAGUUGGGGUGCUGGACUGUUCUGUGGAUGAGAAUGUGCCAAUAUGCCGAGAACACGAGAUCAUGGGAUAUCCCACUGUAAAGCUUUUUGCUGCACGAACCACUAAGGGAGAUAUAGGCUCUGCCAUGCCUCAUCUUACAACAGUAGAGGAACUAGGUGAAGCUGUCACAGACUUCCUUGUGGAAAAACAGAAAACAAACAGUGGUUCUAAAUCUUGGGCUGAUUUGCAACCAUACAAAGGUGCAGUAGAAACAUUGCUGGAAUCAGGAUCUGGAGCUGAGUGGGCAGUGCUGGUAAUUGACAAGGCAAAGUCACACACUGCCUGGGCACUAUUAAUGGAUUUAGCUGGCUAUCCAUCUAUUGUGGCUCGUUACAAGGAAGCAGAUCAAGAAGAUGUCAGACGAUUUGGUACUGCUGGACUCCCUGCUGUCAUGAUAGUCAGCAAAGAUGGGAAGGAGGAAACUUUGAAUGAUGUGGGGAAAUCAAGAGAUGAGAUGCGAACAGCAAUUUUGAAGAAGCUGAUGCUCAAUCGAGAAAUGCUAGGAAAGAAAACCAGUUCUAAGGAAGACAGAGAAGGUGCUGGCGAUGGACAGCCAGAGGAAAUUAACAAGGACAAGCUGAAUUAUGGAGAUGACCUGCCUGAUACAGCCUUCACCAGUAUGGAGAGAAAUGAUCAGGUGUUCAUGGUGGACAUAGAAAAUGCAGUUUCUUAUGCAAUUAAUCAUGAAGUAGCUCAACACAAAGUGAUAAAAGGUGAGGAACUGCUAGCUCUACAAGAAUUUCUGGACAUUCUUGUGAGAUACCUUCCUGCUAGACCACAAGUGCAUUCAUUUCUCUCAAAAUUCUACCACUAUACACUUAACCAUGGGAACAGUAUUGAAGGAAGUAAAGUUAAUGAAGUCAUUAGCUCAUUACAGAGUAAAGACUCCGUACUUCCAAACCAGCAGCCAUGGGUAGGCUGUGCUGGCAGUGAAUCCAAAUACAGGGGAUAUCCUUGUGGUCUCUGGACAACAUUCCAUGUGCUAACAGUGAAUUCAGUCCUCCAAGAUGGAGCAAAAAAAUUUUAUAACCCUCUGAAAACAGUUAAAGCCAUACAUGGUUAUGUUAAACAUUUCUUUGGCUGUAGUUAUUGUUCUGAACAUUUUCAAGCUAUGUAUGCUGAAGAUGCAGAGUCAUCUAUUAAAGUGGCAGAUGACACUAUUCUUUGGUUGUGGCGAGGACACAACAAGGUUAACAAACGACUCAAGGGAGAUGCGAGUGAGGAUCCCCGUCACCCAAAGCAGCAGUUUCCAUCCCCUGCUGCAUGUCCUUCCUGCUGGCAUGGUGAAAAUUUCAGUGAGAGAGAAGUGUUAACUUACCUCAAGACAAUAUAUGCAAAAGGAGCUCUGUCCUUCAGGGGAACUCAAACCAUUCCAGUUCCUCCAAGAAAUAGGCAAGAAAAGGUUCAGCAGCAACUACAUGGCCACAGGCAACAGUCUCAGGUCUUGAUAUCCCAUCAGGACAAUAAGCUGAGCAGGGACCAGAGCCCACAGAACACUGGCUCUUGGAGUUUCACCAACACUGACAUUAGCCUGUGUGUACUCCUCUAUGGUGCCUCCACCAUCAUCAUUAUGGCUGUAUACUGCUCUGUCGUCAUCAGAAGAAAAAUGAGAAGGAGAAAGUUCCUGGAGGCUUACAAACUUCCCAACACAGCAGAUGGACCUAAACCAGGAAUACCCACCUAGGAUGGAGCCAAGCAAA